CACAUCUGUUUGUUGUCAAUUGGUGUGUCGAAACAACUGGUAAUCUAUCAAGCUCAGCCUGCGUCAUCCCAGCGUCGCCUACCUAUAUCCGUCAACUAGAGUCGUGCUGUUCGUCCCAGCUGUCGUGUAGUGUGCUAAUUUCCUGUUGUUUGUCUGUUGCAAUGGCUGCUGCUGCAGUGGAGGGUAUCCAAGGCCCAGCGUCUCCACAACCCGUGUUCGGAGCCGGAGAUGCAGACUUGGCGUAUGGAUCACUAGCAAACUUUGUGAUAGAGAAAAAGAUCGGGCGAGGGCAAUUCAGCACGGUCUACCGGGCGAGAUGUCAGCACGACGGAAGUAUGGUGGCGUUGAAAAAAGUGCAGGUGUUUGGGAUGAUGGACGCAAAAGCUCGCAGUGAUUGCAUCAAAGAGAUUGGUUUGCUCAAACAACUCAACCAUCCAAACGUGAUCAAGUACUUGGCAAAUUUUAUUGAGAAUAAUGAGCUCAACAUAGUCCUGGAGUUGGCAGAUGCAGGCGAUUUGUCACGAAUGAUUAAGCAUUUCAAGAAACAAGAUCAUCUAAUACCAGAACGCACUGUUUGGAAGUAUUUUGUGCAGCUUUGCAGUGCCGUAGACCAUAUGCACUCUAGACGAGUCAUGCAUAGAGAUAUCAAGCCAGCCAAUGUAUUCAUCACAGCAACAGGAGUUGUAAAGCUGGGCGACCUUGGACUGGGUCGUUAUUUCAGCUCAAAGACGUCUGCAGUGCAUUCAUUAGUGGGUACACCUUACUACAUGUCUCCUGAGAGGAUUCAUGAAGCUGGCUAUAAUUUCAAAUCAGACAUAUGGUCAUUAGGCUGUUUGCUUUAUGAGAUGGCUGCUUUGCAGUCACCUUUCUAUGGUGACAAAAUGAAUCUCUACUCACUCUGCAAGAAAAUUGAAAAAUGUGACUACCCUCCUCUACCAGCCGACAUCUACACAGAAGAGCUGAGACAACUGGUUCGAUUGUGCAUUCAACCAAAUCCUGAUGACCGACCCGACAUCCAGUAUGUUUAUGAGGUUGCAAAGCAAAUGCAGUUAAAAACAAUGCAGCAGUAGGGCAUCACCUUCAACUGUGGCUUGAGGAUAUGACAAUUAGAUUGUCUACAUCUUAGCUGUACAGACACCCGACUCAUUUAUCACUUCAUUGUCACAAUUAUAUACAGUAUGUCUGUCCCAUCUACAGAAGGUAACUUAUUUGAUUUGAAUGUAUAGAAGAACUUGUAGUAGUCAUUGACUGUGAGGUUCUUCGUAAGUCUCUAAUGUGAAUAGAAGCCAGUGAUGAUCUCA